AUGUCCAAUAUCCAGCUUCCAACCAAUGUCCAAUAUCCAGCUUCCAACCAACUUCCCACAUCCAGCUUCCAACCAACUUCCCACGUCCAGCUUCCAACCAACUUCCAACGUCCAGCUUCCAACCAACUUCUAACGUUCAGCUUCCAACCAAUGUCCAAUAUCCAGCUUCCAACCAAUGUCCAAUAUCCAGCUUCCAACCAAUGUCCAAUAUCCAGCUUCCAACCAAUGUCCAAUAUCCAGCUUCCAACCAAUGUCCAAUAUCCAGCUUCCAACCAACUUCCCACAUCCAGCUUCCAACCAACUUCUAAUGUCCAGCUUCCAACCAACUUCCAACGUCCAGCUUCCAACCAACUUCCAACGUCCAGCUUCCAACCAACUUCCAACGUCCAGCUUCCAACCAACGUCUAA